UCGCUGGACAGUGACGUGUGGAGGAGUACGUACGAGGGAUUCCACCGUACAUCCACUGACUGUUCGCCUUCACCUGCAAGUACAACACCGGAUAUCAGCACCGAUCAGUUCUGUGAUUCGUUACAUUUAUGGCUUAGCGGUGUAUCUGAUGUUUUUACUUCUGAGUCUAUUUAAGUCUGAGAUUCUACUAAUAUCGGGAAGGGAUUGGAAUUCAGUCUUGGAUUUCUGAUCUGACGACUACUUGCUUUUAACUUUCCUUGUGUUGUGCAUAUGAUUGUGUGUUAGCGGAGUAAAGCAUCUUCUGUGAUUAUCGACGUUCGUAAUUUAUAUCGGAUUAUAGCGUGGUAAACACGGUAUGCUCGUACUUCGUUCGACCCGCAUAUGUGACGACCGGAAGUUAGGAGUAUUCUUCAGCACAAUCGCUUAGGGAUUCCUGAUCUUCGUGUUCCUGAACCUACCAGAUUCCAUACAUUUCCUGUGAUCCGCUGUAACAAUUGAGACAAGAGUCGCGAUACUCACUGAGCAAGGCAGGGAUAGUGGUUACGACGAUCCCGUCCGGAGAGUCGUUAGCUAAUCGUGUACUUCUUUGUACCAUUGGCAACCUCAUAACACGACAACAGCAAGCGGAUGACUCUGUUUGCCGGAAAUGAAUUUGACUAUGAUCAUAAACACGUGCAUCUCUAUGCCAUGAUUUACCUUGACGAGUGCACCAGUGUGGAGAUGUAACCUCAAUUAAUUCUUUAAUUGUUGCGUCAUAGGCCGUAUAACAACAAAUUAGUCAUUAGUCUUGGGUGCCCUAGCAGCUGCAUCACUGUUCACUACAAUAUCACCAUCUUCAACAUCAUCCAGAUUUCCCGACCCCUCCCUGCAUGCACAGGUUCGUAUCUCUGCUUGCUGUGGAUGCGACAACAGAUUUGCAAAUUUAUGUUCGCGUGCAAUGACAAAUGCCGCUUAUGCUCUGGUUCAAGUCAAAACAUAAUUUUGAUUAAUUAUAUCUGUGGUAAGCGGGUUCGCAGAAAGCUAUAAUACCGGCAGAUUUUGGAGCCCGUGCAGUGCGAAAGUCAGUGGUUGCCCUCUGACUUGAAGCUGUCAAGGGUGUUUAAUUCAGCGAUGAACUACGGUACAUUACUCGUAAAUAUUGUAGUCGAUACAAAGUUUGUAUUACAAACUGUGAAAUAUAGAUGCAUCUAUUGCAUAAGUUUGCCAUGUUCAGUAAACAGUUCAAUAUGCUUCUGAUUUUUGAGAGAUCGCUUAAUGCUUGGAAUACAGUGAAUAUAUCUAGACGACUGCCCAAACGUACUUGUUGUCUUUAGUAAUUAUUUUGAUGACUCUGGCUUUAUGCAUUUAUUAUGAUGCCACCGGAAAUGUCGAUACUGUGUUCAAACUGUUCACAAACUGCCGCACAGCUGAACACACCAGUCGGCAUCUUGGAUCCGAUUCAUCAGUCCACGGAAUUUUUUGUCUUAAUGGUUAUUUUGAUGGUAAUGGCAAUAAUUGGGAAUUCCGUUAUAUUGAUUCUUUUGGGACGAUCGAGUAGAUGCAAAAGAUCUGUGUCCAUCUUCAUUUUAUCAUUGGCUGUGGGCGAUAUUUUCAUCGCGAUAGUGAGUAUGUCAACGGAAAUACUUUGGGAGGAAAUUGGGCAAUGGACGUAUGGAAAUGCUGCGUGUAAAGGCUUAUCCUAUGUGCAAUGUCUGCUAUUUGCCAGCACCGCAUUUCUCCUGAUGAGCAUGAGUUAUGACCGCUAUAAAGCGAUCUUGUACCCAUUGAACUGGUCGCGUUCCAUUGCGCGCAGCCGCCGAAUGGUCGCCAUUUCGUGGAUUUUGGCGUUUGUCGUUGCGGUUCCUCACAUCUUCGUUUUUGUUCUGGUGGACACCGGGACACUUCCGGAUGGAUCGCGCCGAAUGGCAUGCCGCUCGCAGGGCUACACCGCCGCAUGGCAGCGGAAGCUUUAUGUAACAUGGCUUGCCAUCUACGUCUUCGUAAUCCCCUUGUGCUUCAUGGGAUUUUGUGGCCUUAAAAUAGCGUUAGCGGUGUGGAAGAAGAGCCGAGAGCAUGACCAGGCAUCCGGCGUACUACGCCGUAAUACCUACAUGCAAACAAAUAUUUUAUCGCAUGCCAAAAUGCGGACGAUCCAGUUAACACUAUGUAUGCUGGCGUCAUAUUUAAUCUGUUGGUCACCGUAUUUCACGGUGACCUUACUGAACGUAUGGACCGAUUACCGUAUGAAGGAGCACAUACCUCGUGCGGUCAGUAUUGCAGCACAGUGCGGUGCAUGGUUUUCCAGCUGCAUCAAUCCCAUCAUCUACGGACUAUUCCAGCUUAGCAUGGACAGUCUGCGUAGUAUGAUGUGCAAGCAGAAGCCCAAGCAGUUGGAUUACGAUUCCCAGCACAAUGCGCUGUUGAAUGGACAAUUACGAGCGGCAUCAGCGCCGGCCAGCGCGACGCACAUGCAUCAUGAUGAAAAUCUGCCGCUCUGCACGCGAACGGUUGCUUUGGGAUCGGGAUAUCUGCACCCACCAACGGCAACUUCCCACAGGCCGCGAGCCCGCUCCGUGUUAUGAUUUCCCGUUUUAAGCGGCAUAAAAAUUCGAUUAAUGUAAUCAGAUUUACUGCAAUUUUCUCGUUGGGUACAAUAUUAUUAGUGUCGAACGAGCGUAGCAAACAGUGCCGAGAAGCGUUUAGCUAGUCUGACAAAUAACAAUUAAACAUUAAAUGCGUAAUCAUAUUGGUGGCAUUUCCGCUGGAAACCAUGAUCAAGAA